AUGAAGGCCGCCGCGCGGCUCAUGGAGAAGAUCGUGCCAGGCGCGUCCGCCAUGAAGGCCAAGUCCAGCAGCAAGAAGGACCAGUACCUGCUCAAGCGCCGGGACGCACCCGAGGCCUCCUCCUCCACCGCCCACCGCCAGCCGCAGCUCCUGGACGCGCUGCCGCCCGUGCUUGCGCCCGCGCUGGAUGACGGCCCACCUAGAUUCCCGGCCAGCGGCGACCCACCCACGCCGCCGCUGCCUGGGAUCUCCAUCGUGGAUGAGGACUUCAUGCUGCUGCAGAGGCGCACCCCGCUCGUCGAGGUCCCUUCUCCCGCCGCCCACCAGGCCCAGCCGACCGAGGGGCCCGCCGGAGUCGCAAGCGCGAGCGGGAGGAAGGUGCCGAUGUCGAUGCUAGCCCUGACGCCGUAG